UAAAUUAUGUCAACACAAUUUCUUUCAAAAUUAAGUCAAAAUUAUAUUGAAUUAUUGGAAGAUAAUGAAUACUAUGAUAUUACAAUUGAAGUUGGUGAGGAUCCUGAUGUAAAAAUUUUUCGUGCACAUAUAAAUAUUUUAUGUUACCGUUCUCCAUAUUUGCGACGAACUUUAACUUCUAGUAAAAAAAAUAAGGAUAAUGUUCUAGCCCAUAUUAAGUUACCAAAUAUAUCACCUGAAGUCUUCCAAAUUAUUUUAAAGUAUAUUUAUGGUGGUAUUCUUUCAUUAAAUGAUCAUGACACUACAGAAAUUUUUAAAGUUUUAUUGGCCGUGGAUGAGCUGCUUCUUCAGGAACCAGUUGAUUAUUUACAAAAAUAUUUCAUUGAAAAUAAAUCUGAAUGGAUGGAACAACAUUUUGAACUUAUUCAUAGAACAAGCUUUCAAUCA